UGUCGCACCCGCGCAAUCCGCACCUCUCGCGCCCUUCCCCGUCGCGGCCUUCCACAAAAACAACUUUCUAGUACCUUUUUAUCAUCAAAAAAGCCGUACCAUGGCUAAUAUCAAUAAUAAAUUGCGGUGCAGAACGGUGUACGCUUUCGCCAGAGAAAUGUAUCCCAAGACGAUCAAGCACGAUAUAUCCUACGGGACCGCCGGAUUCCGUACGAGGGCUACGGACUUGUCGUACGUGAUGUACCGUAUGGGGCUUCUGGCUGUCCUUCGUGCCAGAUACAAAAACGCUGUGAUAGGGGUAAUGAUAACAGCCUCACAUAAUCCAGAGCCAGACAAUGGUGUGAAACUUGUUGAUCCCAUGGGAGAAAUGUUGGAGCAAAGUUGGGAGAAAUGGGCUACUAAAAUUGCAAAUGUAACAGAUGAUAAGCUGGAAAAUGUAAUAAAUGAUAUUAUUGCUGAAUAUAACAUUGAGAAUAUGAACGAUAGGCCUGAGAUUGUUAUAGGAAAAGAUACAAGGCCGAGUAGUCUACACCUGUCAAAAGCUGUUAUUGAUGGUGUAUUAGCCAUGGGCGGUAAACCUGUAGACUAUGGUAUUGUAACCACACCUCAAUUGCAUUAUUUUGUCGUGUGUAAAAAUACUCGUAGAGCCUACGGCCAGCCGACUGAAGAUGGGUACUACAAAAAAUUAACAAACGCCUUUAAGAAAGUUAGGGGACAAAAUUUUAACAAUGGCAACUAUGUAAACAGAGUGCUAUAUGAUGGUGCUAACGGGGUAGGUGCUAAAAAAAUCAAGUACCUCAAGGAAGGCCUAGAGGGCAGCCUCAUCGUGGACAUGUACAACGACGAGAUCAUAGGCUCGGGUAAACUUAACUACCUGUGUGGUGCUGAUUUCGUCAAAUCUCAACAGAAGUUUCCUACGGGAUUACCGCAGGAUCCCAAUGUUAGAUGUUGCUCAGUAGAUGGCGAUGCUGAUAGGAUAGUUUACUAUUACUUGGAUGAGAAUAAAAAGUUUCAUUUGAUGGACGGUGAUAGGAUAGCUACACUUAUAGCGGGAUUUUUAAAAGAGGUUUUAGAAAAAACUGGAAUAAGCUUAAAGUUAGGUUUAGUACAAACUGCCUACGCCAAUGGAGCCUCAACUGAUUACAUCACCAAUGAACUGAAAGUUCCAGUGGCGUGCGUACCUACCGGCGUCAAACACUUACAUCAUAAAGCUCUCAGUUAUGAUAUUGGUGUAUAUUUUGAAGCCAACGGCCAUGGAACUGUAGUUUUUAAGAACAGUGCGAAAGAGAAGCUUCGAACAGCAUUAGAAACAAAUAAUUUAUCGGAUGAACAAAAACAUGCUACAGAAAGACUAAUAAAUAUAAUUGAUAUUAUAAACGAGACAGUGGGUGAUGCUAUCUCUGAUAUGUUAUUGGUGGAGACGAUAUUGCAUUAUAGGGGAUGGGAUAUUAAAGACUGGGAAAAGGCCUAUACGGAUCUGCCUAAUAAACUGCUUAAAGUGACAGUUCAGGAUCGCACGGUAAUAACUACUACCGAUGCAGAACGAAAAUGUGUCACUCCUGAAGGGCUUCAAGCUGAAAUCGAUGCCAUUGUUGCCAAGUAUCCUAAAGGCAGGUCCUUUGUAAGACCUUCAGGAACUGAAGAUGUGGUUCGAGUGUACGCUGAAGCCUCUACGAGUCAAGAUUGCGACAAAUUGGCAGCAGAGGUCGCUAAGAAAGUUUUCGAAUUAGCCGGUGGUACCGGGAAUCCCCCAGAAAUACCUCAAUAAGUUUAAAAAAGACGAAAAUUUAUACAAAGUACCAGACUUUCGGCGAUAACUUUGAGAACGUUUUUUGAACGAAAUUACAAGAUUUAAAAGAAUUUAGGUCGAUUUUUAUCCACCUUCAGAUAAAUAAAGCAUCUUAACGAGAGUUUUAUAAUUAUAACUAAUUAUUUAUCGAUCUAAGGAUAGCUACAGGUUUUAUUAAUCUGAGUAUGGAUGAAUAUAUUAUUAUUAAGCCUAAAAGUGAUUGUAUUUGAAAAAGACCAUGUUUAUUUCUUUUUAGGAAAAUAUUUCCUGAUGAUUGUACAGGAAGUUUAUUUAUUUUAAAUAAUUUUUAAAGCUGCGUUAACAUGAGUUGAGUCAGUUGACUUGUUUUGAAUUGCUGUGACGUCAUCAAUUCACUUGACUCCUGAAAAUGCGCCUUAAUGGUUUGAAAUUUAAAUUCAUAUUUUUUCAUCGAAUUUGUUGUGCCAUGAUUUUUUUGGAUAUUUUUAAAAACUUUUUUUUGCCACUUUGUAGACAUGAGAUUGGGUGGGUGUUUUUUUAUAGUUUAACUUUGAUUUCGUAUACGUAUCGACUGUAUAGAGUUAUUAUAAUGUAUUGGUUUUAAAACUGAUUUAUUUAAUAUUAUACACAAUUAUUUUGUUUAUACUUUUAAGUAUAUAAUUGGUUUUGGUUGAUAUUUUCUUUACAUCUAAGUUUUUAUAUAUGAUGUUUAUAUUAUUUUCAAUUCUGUUGGUACCUCAUUUCAUAUUUUGCUAAAAAACUCAAAAUGUAUCAACAAAAAAUACUUUUAAUGUUUAAAUUUUUAUUACUUUUAAAAAUUAUAUAUUGUUUAAGUUUUU